GACUCCUGUCCAACAGGGCAUCGGAGGAGGAGGUGUUCCUGGUAGCCAUCUUGGAUGUGCGGAGUGAUUGUUUAGCGAGAAGAAUUGACACAUUUUUUUUAGAAAAAUAGCCUAUAUACUGAAUCGUUGCAGAUUUACCGGAGUGGGACGACUGAGGAAAGACAUCGUAGCUCGGAAAAAUACAGAGUAACAUCUCCAGUGUUGGUACGCAGCCCUGGCUCAGUAAAUGGGAAACAAACAAAGUUGCUUGGACCGAGCCACACAGCACUAUUCCAGCCGUGAUUUGUGUGUCAGUGAAAGAAGGCAUGAAGACAUCAUCCUAGUCAUCAGUCAUGGCCGAUAAAAGGAAACUUCAAGGUGAAAUAGAUCGAUGUCUGAAAAAAGUAGCGGAGGGAGUGGAACAGUUUGAAGACAUUUGGCAAAAACUCCACAAUGCAGCCAACGCGAACCAGAAGGAGAAAUAUGAAGCAGACCUCAAAAAAGAGAUUAAAAAGCUACAGCGUCUUCGAGACCAGAUCAAGACGUGGGUGGCAUCCAACGAGAUCAAAGACAAAAGGCAGCUAGUAGAGAACCGCAAACUCAUAGAAACGCAAAUGGAGCGGUUCAAAAUAGUGGAAAGAGAAACGAAGACGAAAGCGUACUCAAAAGAAGGGUUGGGUCUGGCCCAAAAGGUGGACCCGGCCCAGAAAGAGAAGGAGGAGGUCGGCACGUGGCUAACGAAUACGAUAGACACGUUGAACAUGCAGGUGGACCAGUUUGAGAGCGAAGUGGAGUCUCUUUCAGUCCAGACGAGAAAAAAGAAAGGAGACAAGGAGAAGCAGGACCGGAUUGAGGAGCUGAAGAAGUUCAUUGAGAAGCAUCGGCACCACAUCCGGAUGCUGGAGACCAUACUGAGGAUGCUGGACAACGACUCAGUGCAGGUGGACUCGGUCAGGAAGAUCAAGGAUGAUGUGGAGUAUUAUCUCGACUCGUCACAGGAUCCAGACUUUGAGGAGAAUGAGUUUCUAUAUGACGACCUGGACCUGGAAGACCUCCCUCAGACGCUGGUCGCCACCUCCCCACCGGGACACUCGCACUUGGACGACGAGAUCUUCCAGCACUCCAGCAGCACACCCACCUCCACCACCUCAUCUUCACCCAUCCCGCCGUCACCUGCCACUUGCACUACGGAGAACUCAGAAGAUGACAAGAAGAGGGGACGUUCAACAGACAGUGAAGUUAGUCAGUCACCUGUGAAAAACGGAAACCCUUCUUCCUCGUUAUCCUCUUCCUCCUCCUCCUCUUCCUCCUCCUCUUCCUCCUCCUCCUCCUCCUCCUCCUCUUCUUCUUCCGGUUCGGGACUGACCUCAUCCUCACUGGUCUCGAUGGUGACCAUCGCUGGGGGAGGAAGCAGUGGCUCUGGGGGCAACAGUCAUCACAACAACUCGGGGGGUCUCCUCUCCAACACUUCUGCUGGCAGCUACAGCAACGCCACCCAGCAGCAGCCGCAGCCGCACCCGUCAGCACAGCAACAACAGGCCAAAAACUUAGUGAGCUCCUCCUCCUCGGCUCCUAUCGCCAUUCCCAGCACCUCCACCAACAGCCACCUGGCCUCCUCGGCCCCUUCUCCCCCCAACGCCAGCACACAGGGGCUCUUCACUUCAAACACCCAGUCCCAGGUUCUGUCAGGGCCCCCGCCAACCUCCAACAGCCUUGGCCUCAGCCUGGGCCUCUCUCUGGGGAAAGGCGGCAUGUCCGGCUCCAUCACCACCAGCCCGAUGUCCGGGAGCCUGGGCCUUUCAGGGAUGCCGGCAUCCCUGAGUACCAUGGCAGGCCUCCUGUCCAGCUCCACCCCGGCACCCUAUGCUCAGGCAGCUGCCUCAGGCGCGGUCGGCUCCGGCCUACCGGGCUCCCUGGGCGGCGUUAGCUCAACGACGACCAACAGCGCACUGGGCUCCAUCGGCAGUGGAAGCAUCACAGUCGGCGGGCCGACAUCCUCAACAGGAGGUCUGCUGGGCUCAGCGCCGGUGGUGACCAGCAUCGGCUCUGGGAUUCUGGGUUUGGGCUCUGGUCAGUCGGGGGUGCAGGGGUCUUCCCUGGUGUCACUGAGCCCAGUAGGAGGUUUAGCGCCAGGUAGCGGAGUAGGAGUCAUCGGGAGCAACAUCGGCAGCUCGGGAUCAGCAGGGAGCGGCGUGGUGGGAGGAAACUCGUCGCUCUCCGUCAGGCCACCAAGCCGCCAGAAGCAGAAUGGUAGCUCUAGUUACAGUGCUGUGGUAGCAGACAGCACAACAGACUCCGCCCUCAACAGUGCCAGCCAAUCACAAAGCAGCCAACCAUCGUCUUUGACCUCCACAGCCAAUCAGCCUAAGGACACUGGUCCCAGUUUACUGGGCUCUUUGAGUUUGUCGUCCAGCUCCCCAUCGCCGGCCUUCUACAGCGAGGCCAAAAUGGUGAGCGGCGGCAGCCUGCUGAACGGGCCGCUGUCCUACUCGCAGUCCUCCGACGUCAUCAAGCCCCAGGAGCCUCUGAGCAGCCUGAAGUCCAUGGCCGAGCGAGCAGCACUCAGCUCAGGGAUGGAGGGAGACGUGCCCUCCCUGCACCUCACCCCAGACAUCUUCCCCAGUAGCACUACGGCCCCCUCGGGCCCCCCGACAGCACCUCAGCCCUCGCUGUCAGAGGUCAGCAUCCCCCCCUCAUUGGGGGUCUGCCCGCUGGGGCCGGUUCCCGUGUCCAAAGACCAGCUCUACCAACAGGCCAUGGAGGAGGCGGCGUGGACGCACAUGCCCCACCCGUCUGACUCGGAGAGGAUCAGGCAGUACCUGAUGAGGAACCCGUGCCCCACCCUGCCUUUCCACCACCAGAUGCCACCACCCCACUCCGACACUGUAGAGUUUUACCAGAGGCUUUCCACAGAAACCCUCUUCUUCAUCUUUUACUACCUGGAGGGCACUAAGGCCCAGUAUCUGGCAGCCAAGGCCCUGAAGAAGCAGUCAUGGAGGUUCCACACAAAGUACAUGAUGUGGUUUCAGAGGCACGAAGAACCCAAAACCAUUACUGAUGAGUUUGAGCAGGGAACGUACAUUUACUUUGACUAUGAGAAAUGGGGCCAGCGGAAGAAGGAAGGCUUCACGUUUGAGUACCGGUACCUGGAAGACCGAGACCUCCAGUGACCUGCAGCAAGAAAGAUCGACAGACAGACGAACGGACGGCUGAAGAAGUGAGGGAGGGACAGACGGAUGGAGAACAAACAAAUGAAGAAGGGUGAUCCACCUGCUGACAUUCCUGGAUCUCAUCUCAGCUCGUUGGGGAAAGUAGAUGUUCAGGCUGGAGGGGGGGGUGAGCGGGUUUGCAAACACCCUCCCGCCCUCUGACCCUUCAACCCCGCCUCAUCAUCUUCACCUCUGCAGUGAUUACUCCUCCCACUCUGUCAUCCCCCCUCCUCCUCCUCCUCCUCCACUCCACCCCUCCAUAAUCAGGCCUUUUAUUUCCAUCUUUUCCUGAACUGGAACUCUCUUUAAAACAACAAGACUUUGAUUUGUUUUGGCAGAUAAGACACAAAAAUCACACUUAAUAUUCAGACUAUCAUGUGCUUUUCCCCUCUGUGUUAUCCUGUUAUGUUGGCUUUAAAAACUUUUGCUUAUAUUAGCUCCUCAAGAACCAAAGAUAAUUGGUUAACCAUACAGUACAGGCUCUGUCCCCUUUCUAAACAGGAAAACCCUAAAGAGGUAGCAAAAGUAGAAGCCUCCACCCACAACCACACACUCUAAAUGCCCUGCGUCAGUGUUACAACAUCUCCCUAAUUUGUGGUAUGGAGCAGUGACGCAGCAGCAGGGCAGGACGUUUUGUAAAUCCAGCGAGAAGCCAAGAACUGACUCGGGAACUUAACGACCCGUAACCUGGAGCCUACCAUAACCUGAACCUGUAAGAACCCCUAAGGUCUAGGGUUCAGGUUCUGCUUUGUUUUUCACUGUGUUUUACAAACCAGUAAAGUUUUGGAUAUACUGUACGUCACUGAAAAGUCGAUACCACGGAUAUCUGCAUUUUAUAAUUUUUUCAGCAGUGGAACAGACGGAGAAUGGAAAAUGUGGUGCUAAUAUUAACUUUCUUUUUGCAUGUGAGGACUUUUAAAAGUCUUUAUCAUUUAAUUAACAGAAGAGCCCCACCUGCAUUAGGGUGAGUUCGAUAGAGACCGGCUCCAGUCCAGAUAACAAAUACAUAACGAGGCAGCAGAACACGUCAGAUAUUCUCGAUCAGAAUAUCGCCUGCACUUCCCUGCAGUCUGAACACGUGUCCCCUGUUAUUAAUUGUAGUGUUUGCCGUGUUGCAAACCGGCUGUUGCAUUCCUUCCCCUUGAGAGUACCUGGACUUCAAUUUAGUACCAGAAAUUUAGGUUUGGUUCAAAGCGGUGGGAGCACAAUGGAAACAAAAGCCGAGCCUGUGACAAUGGUUGCACCGUAAGUUACGGGUCGUUAACUUCUUGUAGUGGAAAAGGCCAAAGUGUUUAUGAGGAGUUUGACCUCUAAACAAAUCAUCGUAACAUGAUUAAUCUUUGCUCUGACGUCCCUGUUUGCCGGUUAAUAUGAACUCAUCUGCCAGGAAACAGUAGCUAAAUAAUGUUGUUCUGCUCUGCUGCUGCCACAACAAGGACUUGUUGAGCUUCAUCGCCUCAACACGACUGAGCCUUACAAACUGCCCCUUCGACCAGUAAACCUGCCUCUGGUGUGCAGAGGCUCUGCCUUGACCUAACCUGACUGCCGUAGACUUAACACCAACCCGUCUGUUACACCAGGGUGGAGAAUAAACACAACCACCAGCCAAAUGUGGGUAAAUGUUGGUCGUAGGUGGCACCACAGGCCUCUCUCGCACUUAACUGUCUUUCAGAGGUCCUGUUGUUGUAUUCUUGUGAAGUGGUAAAAGUGGCUGGUUCAUUUUGUGAAUCCACCAGCCUGUCUAAAAAUAUCCUGCCCUGCCUACUCCCAUCUAGCCACGGUGGAGGAGUGUGACAACACAGCCAGCGAGGUGUUGGUAGUAACUGUCUUUUACCUGGUGGGCAGUGUUAUAUCACAGUUUGGUUUGGAAACACUUUUAGAGGAAAGGGUUUUAUACUUGGGAAAAUUAUAAUAUAUAUAUAUAUAUAUAUAUAUAUAUAUAUAUAUAUAUAUAUAUAUAUAUCAGAGUUUAAGAUAAAAUUCUGCGUUUGGCCCUCAAGCUUUCACAAGCGUCUGUAGCUCAGUGGUUCACCUUGUUUCUUAAAGGGUCAGUUCACCCAAAUUACAUUUAAAAAAAAAAAAAAAAAACAUUUUCCUCAUCUUUCUCUAGUGAUAUCUAGUCAUACAUAUAGUUUUGGUUUUAUUUGCCCGUGUUUCGAGGUAUUUCUAAGAUUUCAAACUGAAUUCCAUUAACCUCUGUACUGAGGUGGCUGCAGAAAUUUCAGUCGCAGAUAUUCAGAGAGUUCCCUAAACACUAGCUACCAGCAAAAUAGCCAGCAAACAUACAACUGUGUGGAUGGAUAAUUUUAUAUCCAGAUGUCCACAGAUGUUUGUAGUUCGGGUUGAAAAAGUCUAAACAGAGUGUUGAAAUUCAGCCUGAUUCUUGAAGUAGUCAGAGGCAACCGAUUCAGGGGUUUAAUCCGCACAGUGCCUAGCUGUACCUCAACUUUUUUUUUUUUUUUUUUUUUUUUACACUGCUUCAGUGUUGUGGAGGAGGGCUACUCUCUUGAGGAAUGUUAGCUUUAUUUGCAUUGCCUCGUUUCCAUAAUAUACAUAUUUAAAGCAAUAUUUUGGGAAAUAUGAUUAAUCGCUUUCUUGCCAAGUGAAGUAGAUGAGAAGAUCAAUACCACUCCUAUAUCUGCAUGUUCAUGAUGAAGCUCCAGCCAGCAGCCCGUUAGCUUAGCUUAAAGAGUGGAAACGGAGAGAAAACAGCUAGCCUGGCUCUAUCCGAAGGUAACGAAAUUAGCUUCACAAAUGAACACGUUAUAUAUCGUUUGUUUAAUACAAAAACUAAAUUGUAAAAACAACGACUUGAGGUUUUACGGGGGGGUUAUGUGCCUGGCUAUUUCUUGGUUGGGAGCAGUAACUUGCUGGUUGCCUGUUAACCUCCCGGCCUAAAAAUUGUCCCACACGUAACUUCCUGUAAAACCACAAAUCGUUGUUUUUACUGUUUGGCUUUUAAACAAACGCGAUUUCCCCCGUUUCCAGUCUUUGUGCUAAGCUAAGCUAGCCAGCUGCUGGCUGUAGCUGGACAGACGUCAGAGUGCUAUCAAUCUUUUCACCUAACUCUCUAAAGACAUUUCCCAAGAUGUUAAACUGUUCCUCAAAGGUUUUGUUAAUUAUUUGGUAAAAAUAAUAUCUCCAGCUUGUCAUGCUGCUGUAGACAUGCCUUUGCUAGCUACUGAAAAUCACCUUGUAUCUUAACCCUGGACAAAUAAAAGCAGAACUAUCUGCAUGACUAGAUACCACUAGAAGGAAGUGAGAAAAUGUGUUUUUUGUGAACUGAUAGAUUAACACACAAAGCUCCAGCAGUGAUCGUUGUGAGCGUCGUGGGUGUUGGAUGCUACCAGCAGCUGGAUGGAAAGUUUGUUAGUCUCCCACCAGCCUUCAUCUCUCCCUCUCCCUCUCCCUCCUCCUCCUCUUCUCUCUGUGCUGAAGAGCACAAACUGAGCAACACCAGCACUGCUGCCCACACCUCUGUCCUCCAGCUCUCUGCUCCAUGUUUACACACUGACGGGUUCGAAUGAGCCGACUGGGCUCACAAUAAACACACUCACACUGCCCAGUUCCUACUACCAACAAGUCAUGGUUUUUGUUUUUCCAGCACCCUGCAUCCUGAUCUCUGCUGCCAACACACAGCAGCCUGUUUUUUCCUUCUUUUGUUAGUUUUUUUUAUAACCAAAACACUUGGAUUUUCUGUUUCCCUCUCUCUCUCAGCCGGCCAGCUCCCCCCUCCUCCCCUCUUCUGUUCAUGCCAGGUAGAUAUUUCCUUUAUUUCUCAGGAAGUAUUUGAUAGAUCAUUUUAUGAGGAAAUGUAUCCGCCAGCAGCUCCCUUCGCCACAGCACAACAACUAAAUAAUCUUCCCUGACAGAUUCGUAUGAAAAUAGUAAUUUUUAUCAGUCAUUUGGGAAUGUCACGAGCAUUUUUCCCUCUUUACCUGCCAGUGGCUAUUUCCAUUACACAAAAGCCUUUAUAAAAUAAGAAUAUUAUCCUCCAAUGUUUGGAGCAGCGCCUGGAAGAGAGACCAUCUUUAUAUUUUCUAUUUGUUGGAUUAAUUGUAGUAGGUUGUAUAUUAUUUUUCAGAGAUGGGAAAAGCAUUUAAAAACCCAGAGGAGAACGAGGACCCCUGUUCUCAGGAGUGUCGGGUGUUUUUAUAGCCAAACAGACCGACCGACUGACUGACGGACCGACAGACAACUCUACACUUAUUCACUUGACUGACAGUUCUGCUUUUAACCUUUUUGUUUACUUUCUUUGACAAGAGGAAGGGAUGAGAGGUCAAUCCGAGAGCCGAAAUGUGAAUCUCUCUCUGCCCCUUGACAAAAGUGUUGUAUAGACUCUCAUUCUUCAAACCUCUCCUUUGUUUUUUGUUUAUUUGUUGUUGUUGUCGUCUUCAGACAGCAUGGAAUAAUGACACUUGCAAAGUGGCGCUGAAAAAGUAAAUAAUGACAUAACCAUGAAUAAAGGAUUGUAAAAUAUUAAUAAAAGAAUUACUUUUCAGAAAA